AAUAAACCCAUGAUUCCCACAAUCUUCCUGCUCUAAUCGCCCAUCAAAUGUGAAGCACAAUAUAAUAUCAAAUUGUGACUGAUACUACUCUCAUCCAACCACCAAAAUGCCUCACUACCAACUCAUGAUCCGAACUCAAAACCCUGCUCCUUACCUUGGAGGUCUUCCUGGCACUGAUGAUGGUACUGUCCUGGAAAUCGCCCAUCAAGCCGGUGCCUCCGGCGGCCAUAACUUACCUGCACCCCGGAUCUUUCCUCCGAUGUAUAGUGUCGAAGUUGAUGUCGACUCAUCUGCCGGCACCGAUGAUUAUAAGCAGAAAUUUCAAGAAGCAUGGUUACAAGGCAAGGAUUCAGAGGGCGAGGCCCUCCCUCCUGCUUCAAUCCAGAUUUGGGAUGCAGAUGAAGAGUGAUUGAUUUUGGAUUCGCACUGGCUCAAAGCGGGUCCUUAAGGAAAUUAUUGAAUUUCAAAUAUUAGUUGAGUUGCUUCAGUCAAAGAAGCCCUAAUGAGAACAGCCAGGCGUAUAGUAGGCAAGAUCGUGGUGAUGUACCAUCACUAAAUAAAGAAAUUACAAAACGACUGAGACAGCGAUGGAUAGAACACAGCCUGAGCAUUCCAGAACGGUUCACCAUUUAUUUUUAUCUAAGUAUAUACCGCCGUUAUACGCGCCGUCCAACAGGCAGCCACUUUGAAAAGA